AUGAAGGUUUCACCAGUUAUUUUAUCAAUUUCAAUUGCUCUUUUGAGCAGUUUUCACACCGCUACCAACGUCAAUGCCGCGGCAGUAUCACAAGGCGGGGAACCGCCUUCCGCUGCGUUGUCGGUACGCAGUAUUCUAGGUGGUGUGUUUCUAGUGAAGCGGCGCGGCGGAGGGUCUAGCGGUGGCGGGGGAGGAGGAAGCAGUGGUGGUGGGGGUGGUGGUGGUGGUGGUCGCGGUGGGAGUAGCGGUGGGAGCAGUGGGAGUAGUGGGAGUAGUGGGAGUAGUGGCAGGAGUGGGAGUAGCGGGAGUAGCGGGAGUAGCGGGAGUAGCGGGAGUAGCGGGAGUAGCGGGAGUAGCGGCGGACGGUCUUCAUCCUCCUCCUCCAGGUAAGCCCCACUUUCCAAUUCUUCCAAUCCUCCACAAGCAAUGCCAACAACCGCUCUAGUUCCUCCUCCAACACCGGUGGCACCUCCAAAAGCGGUUCCGGCAUCUCUCCAUCCUACGGCCACAGCCCAGCUUCCUACAGUGGCGGCGCGGCAGUCCCAUACACCUCCGGCAGGCGUACGCCCCACGGAAUCAUCCCUUCCAUCCUCCCCCUCACCCUCUUGUCUUUCUUCCCGGGCCUCUGGCUAUUUAAUGUUUUUGCCUACCCGUGGCCUAACCCGGCCAACUUCUACAACGCAACGAGCAAAGCAGAGGAGACAAUCCCCGUGCUCUGCCUGUGCCAAGAGUACUCGGUGUGCGGGUGCGAGGAAAACACUGAGGUGGCAUAUAUCAAGGAGGUGAUUGGAGAGGCGAGCAAUAAUAGCAGUCUGGUGAGGAUCACGAAUGUUAAUGGCACUGAGACCUUGGUGAUUAAUGGGACGUUGCCUAAUGGGACUACUGCUGCUGCGAGUGGGACGAAUAGUUCUUCUGCGACGGCUAAUUCUGCUGGGACUGGAACGGGGAGGUUGGCAGGGGAGACAUUGGGAGUAUGGAUUGUUGCGGGAGUAGUUGCUUGGGGAGUUUUCUUCACUUGA